AUGCACUUGAAAAAUUUUAUUUCUUUUUUUUUUUCUUUUUACUGUGAAACAUGCUUUUUGAUAUUAAAAAAAAAAAACAGACAUAUGUUUUACUUUCUAUUUACAGAAGAAACGUGCCCAGCAGAUCAACAUGAUGACGAUCUAUUACCAAUUAUUGUCGGCAGUGUUUUAGCCGGUCUUAUACUUAUUACUUUAGUCGCUUAUUUAGUUUAUAGAUGUCGUCUUCCGUCAGAAGUUAUCAAUUUGACAAAUCCGCUUUCGCAUUUUGAAGAUCUGACUAACUCAAACUAUGGUAAGCUUUCUUGCUUCUGCUCUUAG